UGUUUACACAUUUACGCCACACGCACUCGCGCUCACAUAGACUCGAACGUCGUCGUACUAAACGGUGGCGACGUCUUCGAUUCUGUCCGCAGUCCUUGUUCGUGUUGGUCGUGUAGUGUACGGUUGUCAUCCGUGGUAUUGCACGCAUUGUGCGGUGAGGAGAAACACAAUAGAAGGGAACCGAGUAAGGAACAUACGGUAUCUGUAAUUGUUUCUUUUUUUUCGUUUUAUUUUCGUUUUCAUUUUCCCCGCGCAAUACAUUAAUUAUAAUUUAAUCCGACGAGUUAAGUACGAAUAUUCCGCGACAAUGAACAGCCGUCGUGUUGGCGAUAUUAUCUCCAAUUGCUGUAGUCUCCGUGAAUAAGUCGUAACGGGAUAGUAAAAUACAAUAUAUUUUCGUUGUUAUUGCCCGUUUGCGUUUGUGCGCUAGUGGUGUUUGUGUUUUCGUGUGACCAUUGUGUUUGCGAUUGUGAGUGUGUGUGAGGACAGCGCACGCACGAGAUGGAAGGUAACGGGGUCGGCAAAGAUUGCAAUGCCCUCGGCGGACUGUUCCAGCAGAUCGUCAUGGACCUGAAGAAUGGAACUCCAUUAUGGGAAGAUUUCAUGGCAAAAGCUACAAAACUUCAUACUUGUCUUCGAGCAACUAUUCAUGCCAUUGGAAUUUAUCUUGAUGCUUUUCAAAAAAUUGCUGAUGCUGCUACCAAUGCUAGAGGAGCUACUAAAGAAAUUGGAACUGCGUUGACCAGAAUGUGCCUUCGUCAUAGAGCUGUCGAAGCUAGAAUGAAAACAUUUUCAAGUGCAAUAAUGGACUGUCUGGUGGUUCCGCUUCAAGAGAAACUAGAAGAUUGGAAGAAGACUAUUGUCAAUUUGGACAAAGAGCAUGCCAAAGAAUAUAAAAAAGCAAGGGCUGAAUUAAAAAAACGGUCUACGGAUACAUUGCGUUUGCAAAAGAAAGCACGAAAAGGUUCAAAAAUGAAUGAAUUACAUAAAGCAUUGCAAGACGUUUCGGACAGAAAAGCUGUUCUGGAAGAAACAGAAAAGAGAGCUGUGCGCGAAGCGUUGAUUGAAGAACGAAGUCGUUAUUGUAUUUUUGUUACUUUUUUAAAACCAGUACUUGAAGAAGAAGUGGCCAUGCUAAUGGAAUUGUCCCAUUUACAAGAAGUUAUGGAUAAAUUAGAAGUGCACACUGCUGAACCAUAUUCAUUACCACCUGCUAGUGAACAGGUGUUGGUAGACUAUAAAGGUAGUGAUAUGUCAUGGACACAUCAAACACCUCCAGGCAGUCCCAGUUCGUUGGGUUCACGUAAGUCUAGUAUGUGUUCUAUCAACUCAAUAAACAGCUGGUCUAGUGGCAGCACACAUUCACCAAGUCAUCAAUACUGGAGCCGCUCAUUGCUUCAGCCAGUAUCAAAUGAACUGCGUUGUAAAGGACCUUUACCUCCUAGUAGAUUAUGCAGUGCUUCAUCCCAUGAUUCAGGUUUUACAUCCCAAGAUGCAUUAUAUACAAAACAACAAUCAUAUAAGAUGGCGCCUAACUCUUCUGAUUCCAAUAGUAGCAGUGCGGAAAGUAGUACACCAUCUACACCAUUUGCUAGUUCUGAGGGAGGAUGUGGUACAUGGCCAAAUGCUCAGGAAACAUUGCAAUUUGAACGUGCCGCAUCAGCUAUUAUGAAUGAUGCAAGGCCACAUACAAUAUCAGGUGGUGCCCAUUAUCAACGGCCAGCACUAAGUGCAUAUACAUUUCAACCUGAUUCUUCUGUUGAUAAAACUCCUGUUGUUUCACCACAAGAUGAUUAUGCUCGUGUACCCGAUGUUCCAUCCAGAGAUAUGCAUAAGAGUUAUAAACCAACUUCAUUAAAAACAAUUGAAUAUAUUCAGCCCACAUAUGUCAAUAUGCAUGAAUUGGCUAGUAUGGCUGCCAACAAAGCUCAAGAAAGAAAUGCACAACACAGUGAAUCUUCAUCAAAUUCGAAUUUGAAAAUUGAUGGUGAUAGAAAGGAGAGUACCAGUGAAAGUUCUCUAGAAUCUUCAAGUGGUUAUAGUAGCCAAACUGCAUUAUCAACUGCAGCUCCCGAUGAAGAAGUGGAAAAUACACUUUUGAAGUACUGCACAUUGAAUAAUCGAAAUAGUAGUUCCAUCAAAGAACGCAUAAGGCCUGCAUCUACAUUGGGUUAUUCCAGUCUCAAAAGUGGUACUCUUUGUCGUCGUUCUUCAAUUCAAAAUAACAAGCCACCUCCACCAAUACGACGUACACCAUCCAUCCUCAACAAUUCAGUACAUAAUCUACCUCCUCCACCACCCUUUUUGUUAGAUAUAGCUACUGAACAACACCAACAAAAUCGUUCACAAAUUUCUUUAAGUUCAGAAAAAGUGUAUGCUGAACCAUUGACACAUCAACGAAAAUCAUCUGGUGGUAAUGUGGCUGAAACGGUUCGUAAUCUAACACAGCUCAAUCACACACCUGCAAGUCCAAUUUUGUUACGCCGAACACCUAGUAAUCGUUCUACUAGUGCUGAUCGCUGUAAUAGUCGUUCAUCUGAGCCAGUCACUGGGUUUAUAGCUGCAUUGGGUUCUAGGCUAUUACAGCAGCAGCCUAGAACAACUAGUGAAUCUCCAAAAUCUACCAGACGUUGGAUUGCUCCAUCCAGACAUUCUGUAGUUGAUCCAGCCACAUGCCAUGAUUCAUUGAUGGAACAGAUUAGGAAAGGUAUGGUGUUGAGAAGAACUAUUACGGUCAAUGAUAGAUCAGCACCUAAAACCAAUUAAUAGUAAUACAAAUAUUAUUUUUCUAUCAGUAGUUAAUUUUCAUGAUUUUUUUUUUUUUUUUAUAAUAUCUAAACAAUUUAUUUUAUAGAAAGUUCUAAUAUAUUCAUAAUUUAAAUAUUUAAAUAGUUAUUAAAUUUGGACGAAUCUAAACAUUAUUAACCCCAAAAUCUGAAUUUCAUGUUAACAUUAUUAAUCUAAUAGUUGUUUUGUGUUUCAAUAUCUAUUUUAUCAUCAAGUAUAAAUAUUAAAAACGUUCAAAUCACUAAUUAAGUGGUUUUUUUCUUCUUAUUUCAUGUAUUUGUUGAUUGACAAAAGUGUUCGACUGUUGUUUAUACCUAAUAAAUAAACUCCAUCAAUUCUUGUAGAGAGAAUUAGAACUUGAGUUAUGUAUAUUUUUUUCAUUCCAAGCAAGUAUAUAUUUUACCAAUACAUUCCUUAGUUCUUGAUUAAACGUAUAACUGAUCUUCGAUGAAUAAAAAAGAAUCUCGUUUUUGGCAUAUCAGAAUUAUUCCAAAAGUCUAUAAUUUUAGAUAUCAUUCCAUCUCCUGAUCUAUUAUAUGUCUACAAUUGUUUCUCUUGAUAAAAUAAAUUAUGUUAAUACAUUAUAUUCACUUUAUACUUCAUUCUAAUAUUCUAUAUUAAAUUAAAAACAAUUAUUAUUAUUAUAUAACAACAAAGUCAAUUUGA